CUCACAUCAAUCUCUCUGUGCUCUCUUCUCUCUUCACUUUCUCUACUUAAACUACAUCACCGACAGCAUCACUACUCUCUUGCUCACCUUACCACUUCUGAACGUUUUUGACCUUAGACUGAACGGACCGAUCCGAGCGAUACACUUGCCUACAAGGAACCAAUCUCGUGAGACAUCUCAAUAAGAAGAGUGAGAAGGAUGAUUGGAAAACUUGUUCAUUAUACAUUUGAUGCUCUGGCUUUGUCGGCCAUAUUGGCAGGUGUGAAGAAAUCUACUGGGUUUUCACCAGCUACAAAUCUCAUCCCUGAUUCUUCCAUCAAAUCAUUUGCGGACGGUUAUCUCUCUGCUGGAGAGACAUUGUUCAAUGUCGUUGCUGGACAAGCGGUAUCAAGUCAAUAUUUCAAGCGGACAUAGAGAGGGUGGAUGGGUCGAUUGGAGGAUCAGGGGGGAUGGUGAUUGUUUCAUGGAUCAGAACUGGCUAGGUAGCGGAUACAUACGAGGUUGGACAGUGGUGUUUGAUAUGGAGAGAAGAGUGCUUCGACGGUGGAACGGAUCGGAGGGAGAAACAAAGGUGUUGUUGUGGGCCGUUCCGGGACAUACUGGGGUGACGGUCAUCAGACAGAGGAUGUGAAGAGGAGUAAGUCAACGGACAAGGACAGAAAAUCCAAGAGGAAUGUGUACAUCAUCAAUACGAAAGAUUAUGCC